CCGUGACGUCAGGAGGAUGUAAAUGGGCCGCCCCGUGGCCUGCUCGCUCUUUUCCUUCCCUCGCGGUUCUGGGCGGUCGGCCUGCUCUCUGUCUCCCGAACAUCCAACUCCCCGGCGGACAAAAUGAUCAUCUAUAAGUGCAUCAUCAGCGGUGAUGAGAUGUUCUCAGAUAUCUACAAAGUAAAGGAAUCUGAGAAUGGCAUCUUUUACAUCGUUGAAGGAAAGACUAUCAGCAGGACGGAGGGGUUCGACGACGCUUUAAUUUCGGCCAACGCGUCUGCUGAAGAGGCAUGCGAGGGCAACGACUCGGCCACCGUCUCCGGCGUAGACAUCGUCCUGAACCACAAACUGCAGGAGACUGGUUUCGAUAAGAAAGGUUACAUGUCUUACAUUAAGGACUACCUGAAAGUUGUCAAGGCCAAACUGCAAGAGACGAAUCCCGAGAGAGUCGAUAAAUUCAUGGCUGACGUCACGACAGAAGUGAAGAAGGUCGUCGGAAACAUCAAGAACUACCAGUUUUUCACAGGAGAGGCCAUGAACCCAGAGGGCAUGGUGGGCCUGCUUGACUAUCGCGAGGAUGGUGUCACACCCUUCAUGCUUUUCUUCAAAGAUGGUUUAGAGCUUGAGAAAUGCUAACUGCCUGGAAUAACAUCUGCUGUUCGGUUAACUGCUGCUUCCCAAAAGCGAACUGAAGGAGCACUGCACUCUGCAUCAUGUCUGAACGGAUACUUUCCUGUCACACCACGGCCCACAGUACCAACCAGACACAAUUUGGUCACUGAAUACAGAUUUUAAAACUUUUUUUUUUUUAAUUUUUUUUCAGUUCUGCGCCGCUUUUCUUUUUAAUGGAAAUAAGUCACAGAACAUUUAAAAGAUGCUCCAACUUUGAGAUUUUUUUUGUAUUUUUUUUCCCCCUCUUGUCUGUUUACCGUUUUAGCAAUUAUCCAGUUUGGCAGCCUCAGGCCUCUUUGUAUUUGGGUUUGUGGUUGCAUAAAAUAAGUCCAUCUGCAAUGCAAAGAUGAGCAUAAUAAAAUAAAGGGUCACUACCUUU